AUGAAGCGCCCAGCACCCCGCGCACCCGGGUUCGGAAGUGCAUGGACAGCGCUUGAACCCGCGCUCACGCCAUGGAUCGCCGAUGUCAUUGCUGGCCAGGGCUUUGAGCGCAUGACGCCCGUCCAGGCCGGUACGAUUCCUCGCGCUGUCAAGCACCAGGACUGCGUUGUCGAGUACUUUACCCUGGUAUGGGGAGCCCCUUUUGCUAAUCCCCAGGCGGUCACCGGCUCCGGCAAGACGCUCGCGUUCGUCGUCCCCGUCCUCGAGCGCAUGGUGCGCAAUGAGCACAAGUACAGGAAGGGCGAGGUCGCUGCCAUUGUCAUUGCUCCCACACGAGAGCUCGCAUCGCAGAUCCACCAGGUCUUCAACAUGUUCCUCGCCACCAUCCAGCCGCCUCCUCCCGAGCCCGUCGAGGGCGAGGAGACACCGCUCCCAGUGCCGGGCGAGUAUCCUCUCGCGACCUUGAUCACGUCCGGCACCACAACCCCAUACGACACGUUCUUUCAGCUCCAGUCCAACAUUCUCGUCGGCACGCCCGGCCGCCUGGCGUCGUUCCUCCUCGGCCCGCGCGGCAUGAACGCCGUCCGCGUCGGUAACCUCGACGUGCUGGUGCUCGACGAGGCGGACCGUCUCCUCUCAGCCCCAGACCACAGGCGCGAUGUGGAGCGCAUCAUGCGUCACUUGCCCAAGCAGCGCCGCACGCACCUUUUCAGCGCGACCAUGACGGACGCGGUCGAGGAGAUGGUGGGUCUGGGUCUGCGCAACCCCGUCCGCAUUGUGGUCAACCUCAAGGACAAGCGCGUCGCCGGCGAGACGCAGGAGCGCCGUGUGCCCAUGGGUCUCCAGAACACGUAUACCGUGUGCAACGCCGGCGACAAGACUCUGCAGCUCGUUCGUGUGCUCGACCGCGAAGCCGCUCAGCACGAGGCGUCCAAGAUGAUCGUCUACUUUUCGACCUGUGCUGCUGUCGACUACUUUUACAGGGUCCUUUCUCGCCUUCCAGAGCUCGCUCGUUUCUCCCUCACCUCGUUUCACGGCGACCUUCCCCCGCGAGUGCGCGAGUCGUCGCUCGCGGCCUUCAACUCGCAUGCCUCGUCGCACCUCACCCCAGCCGUGCUCCUCUGUACCGACGUGGCGUCGCGCGGUGUCGACUUUCCCGACAUUGACGUUGUGGUGCAGUACGACGCACCUACGGACCCCAAGACGUUCUCGCACCGUGUCGGCCGUACAGCCCGCGCCGGACGUGCCGGACGCGCCAUUCUGCUCCUCUCCAGCGGCCGCGAGGAGGAGUAUGUCAACUUCCUCUCGGUGCGCAAGAUUCCGCUCGCUCGGACGGGCUACCUGUCGUCCACGCUCGAGGAAGUCGAGGCCGCUCCCGCCCCCGUGGACCCGGAAUCGACCGCCCUCAUGAACCGCAUCCGCGAGAUUGUGCUCACUGACCGCGACCUGUCCGACCGCGCCGCCAAGGGCAUGGUGUCGUCGGUCCGCGCGUACACCAAGCACGAGGCAAGCUUCAUCUUCCGCCCCACCGAGAUCGACUUUGCCGCCCUCGGCACGGCGUUUGGCGUCCUCCGCCUGCCUGCCAUGCCCGAGAUUCGCGACUGGCGCAAGCGGUGCGAAAAGGCCAAGAAGCGUAUCGAGGAGCGCAAGAACAAGAUUGUCGAGGACAAGCCCGACGACGCCAAGGCCGCAGAGGCGACGGCCACGGCGACCGCGACAGAGGGUACGCCCACCGAGGCCAAGGAGGAGGAAGAGUACGUCCCUCCCGUGGAGUGGGCCGACGCCGAGGUCGACUGGGACACGUUUGCGUACGCGACCAAGGCCCGCGAGACGGCGCGUCUCGUCGCCCUGGAGGAGAAAAAGGCCAAGGUUGCUGCGUCGGGCCCGCGCGACGACAGUGUCGAGAAGAAGAAGCGCAAGAUCCAGGCCGAGGUCAAGGAGGCGUGGAGUAACCAAAAGGACCGCAAGGCGCGCCGCGACGAGCGCCACGAUAAAAAGGACACGCGCAAGCGCGUCGAGUGGGAGAAGAAGCUCGCCGCAGGCGAGGACGCGCCCGAGCCCGAGAAGCGCGUGUCCAAGAAGAAGAAGGUGGUCGAUUCCGACGACGAGCUCAUGGCCGACGACUACCGCUCCCUCAAAAAGGAGGUGCACCGCGAGCGGGCGGACAAGAAGGCUUCGCGGGCCGGCGCCGUCAAAGAGUCGGCGGGCAUGUUUGACGACCUCGACUGA